UAUUAUAUGGUACGUGCAUGCUAGUAUCCGGUCAAAAAUUAGAACUACACGUAUCUUGAAGAAAGUUCAGUUAAGUUUGACAAAACUUGUUCAAAUGAUGUUUGGAUUAAAUUGAAAGAUUCGGAAUGGCAACACAAGUUACAGGAAACCUGCUACAGGAAUACGACUUCAUUAUAGUCGGUGCGGGAUCGGCGGGGUCGGUUUUGGCCGCACGUCUGUCCGAGGAUGCCGGAAAUACCGUCCUUCUAGUUGAGGCGGGUGGAGACGAUGCCAAGGACCGUAUGGUGUCCACGCCCAUAAUGUACGGCGCACUGCAGCGGACACCAACAAGGGACUGGGCAUUUGUUUCAGAGCCGCAGAAACAUUCUAUGUUUGCCUGCAAAGAACAUCGGUUGUUCUAUCCCCGGGGCAAGAUUCUUGGUGGCUCGAGCAGCAUAAACGCAAUGCUGUACGUGCGCGGGUCCCGGCACGACUUCGACUCCUGGGAGGAGCGGGGCUGCACCGGAUGGAGCUACAGGGACGUCCUCCCAUACUUCCUUAAGUCAGAGAAAUUUGUUGAUAUCAACAACGGCGACACUUAUGUUGAGAAAGCAUACCACAACACUGAUGGGCCGCAGCCCGUGACGCGGCGGACCAUAACCUCACUUACACGACUCAUGUCCUCUGCUGCCGAGGAACUCGGAUACAAAACUAUCGAUUACAACGGAAAAGACAUGAUAGGCGUGUCCCCGGUGUACACCAACAUCACAGAGAACGGGCUGCGGGCGAGCUCAUCCCGUUGCUUCCUGCGGCCCGCCAUGAGCCGCCCAAACCUGCACAUAGCCAUAAACACCAGUGUCAGGAAGGUUCUUCUUGACGGGGAUCGAGCGGUGGGGGUAGAGGCGGUGAAGGACGGGCGGACGAUGGAGGUCCGCGCGCGUAAGGAAGUUGUGUUGUGCGCAGGCGCAAUCAUGACGCCGCAUAUACUUUUGUGUUCCGGUAUUGGACCUCGUUGGCAUUUAGAAGAGGCAAACAUUCCGGUGAUGGCGGACCUUCCGGUAGGAGAGAAUCUUCAGGACCACCUAAACGUGCUUCUGUCUUCCCCUUCAACCUGCUCCGACUUCUUCACCAGGUCCCAACUGUUCUACCCAACCAACAUUUUGAAGUAUCUCUGGUCAGGCAAAGGCUGGUGGGGUAUUUCUCCUGUGACUGACCUCGGUUUUUUCCGGCUGGGGACGGACACACGGCCGGGGCAGCCGGACAUCCAGUUCCAUGUGGUUCCUCUCUCCAUUGAGGGCUCGGAUAAGGAACGCCAUCAACAGCAGUACAACGUCAAAGAUGAGAUAUUCGACUACUACCAAGCACAGGUUAAACACUUUCGUGGCCGUCAAGCGUUCACAAUAUGUGUAACACUGCUACAUCCACGGAGCUCCGGGACAGUGCGUCUCGACGUGACCGACCCCCACGGGCAUCCCCGCAUUGACCCUAACUAUCUGCACAAACAGGAGGACGUUGACCUCUACAUCAAAGGUAUUCGAGAAGCACAGCGUUUUCUCGACACCAAAGCUAUGCAAGCUGUGGGCGCAGAGUCACGGAACCCUGAGCGUGCAUUUCCGCCGAGCAUGCGCGAGCACGCGUAUGACACGGAUGGCUACUGGGAGUCGUUCAUCCGCCAUUUCACACAGACCGUCUACCAUCCAACCUCCACGUGUAAGAUGGGCGCUGUAGAUGACUCCACUGCUGUCGUCGAUCCAAUGUUGAGAGUGAAGGGUUAUACCAAUCUCCGGGUAGCGGAUGCGUCCAUUAUGCCGGAAGUGAUUUCUGGGAACACGAAUGCCGCGAGUGUCAUGAUAGGCGAGAAGGCGGCAGACAUGAUCCGUGGGGUGGACACCGUGAAGAGAUACCGGAAGCCAGAACUCUCAAAGUUGUAAUGGCCUCUUGUGAAUGUUUGAAACAUUGCCGUCAAACGUAGUCGGCUAGAUAGUUAUAUUAUCAAAUUGUAAACUAUUAGGAAAGAAACGAUUUAAAACUCAGAUUGCAUCAUAUAAUAUUCUGGUGCAUUGGAAUGGUGGCGAAAGUUUCGAAGUUGAAUAGUUUUUCCUUGACCAGAAAUGUUUAUUUGUUAGAAAUAUGCUCGUCCCUCGCGAAAAAAUACGAGCAGGCCAGCUAUUUGUUUAAAUACCUAUUUUGUUUCAAAUAUUUUUUUUAAAACACUCUGUGAUAAAACGUCGUACCAUUGUGAUUUUGUACAUUUAUGUGUGUAUUUUGUCAGAAAUACGUUCAAAUACUUGGUCAUGGGCUUUAUGUACACUGUGUUUUGGGCCGGUGGCCUCUUAUCACGAAUAAAAUGAGUUUGAGUUCUACGCUUAUUUUGUGGAUAAACCUGGUUAUUAAUUUGUGCAAGUAUUAUCAAUUACUAUGGAAUAAAUUAAUGGAUCAAAGCUUU